CGACAGGAGGCGGGGCGGCGCCUCUCCGGGCUCGUAAAGCAGUUCGCGGCCGUGGCGCGGAGUCCGACGGGAAGGCCUUGCGCGACAUGUGGCCAAAGGGGUGGGGCCUGCGCUGUCGUGAAACCCCACACGCUUUACAAGUGAAGCCCUGUCCUAGCAUUGCCCCCUCUCUGAGGCUACAUGGGUGCCCACAAGCACCACCUUUCUCUGGCUUUUCUUUGCUGCACUCCAAACUCUAGAACAGGUCUGGCAUCUAGCAGCUACCUUACAGGUGAACAGGCUCUUGCCACUCUUCGCCAGCACCAUGAGCUUCACCACCCACUCGUCCUUCUCCUCCAACUACCGCUCCACGGGCUCCUUGCGCUCGCCCAGCCACCGCAUGCGCCCCAUCAGCAGCGCGGCCAGCGUGUACGCGGGGGGCUCGGGGCGCUGGUCCAUGUCCCGCAUCUCCAGCUACCGGGGCGGCCUGUCCUCGGUGGGCCUGGGCUCGGCCAUGACCGGGAACCUGAUGGUCAUGGGUAGCAUCCAGGGCGAGAAGGAGACCAUGAAGGCACUGAACGACCGCCUGGCCUCCUACCUGGAGCGCGUGAGGAGCCUGGAGAUUGAGAAUCGGCGGCUGGAGAGCAAAAUCCGGGAGCACCUGGAGAAGAAGGGGCCCCAGGUCAGAGACUGGGGGCAUUACUUCAAGACCAUCGAGGAUCUGAGAGCUCAGAUCUUCUCAAAUUCCUUGGACAAUGCCCGCAUCCUGCUGCAGAUUGACAAUGCCCGUCUCGCCGCCGAUGACUUCAGAGUAAAGUAUGAGACGGAGCUGGUCAUGCGCCAGUCUGUGGAAAGUGACAUCCUCGGGCUCCGCAAGGUCAUCGAUGACACCAAUGUCACCCGGAUGCAUCUGGAGACGGAGAUUGAGGCGCUCAAGGAGGAGCUGAUCUUCCUGAAGAAGAACCAUGAGGAGGAAGUCAAGGGUCUCCAAGCCCAGAUUGCCAACUCUGGCCUGACCGUGGAAGUGGACGCCCCCAAGUCCCAGGACCUUGGCAAGAUCAUGGCGGACAUCCGGGCCCAGUAUGACGAGCUGGCUCGGAAGUACCGAGAGGAACUGAACGUGUCCUGGUCCCCGAAGAUUGAAGAAAGUACCAUAGUGGUCACGACCCAGAACACGGAGCUCAACUCGGCAAGUUUGAAGGUCACAGAGCACAGACGAAUCUUGCAGUGCUUGGAGAUUGAGCUUGCGUCCAGUAUAAGUCAGAACGGAGACCUGGAGAACAGCCUGAGGGAGGUGCAAGCCCACUACGCCAUGAAGAUGGAGCAGCUAAAUGGGGUCCUGCUGCAUCUGCAGUCAGAGCUGGUCCAGGUUCGGGCAGAGGGGCAGCGCCAGGCACAGGAGUACGAGGCACUGCUGAGCAUCAAAGUCAAGCUGGAGGAGGAGAUUGCCACCUACCGCCGCCUGCUUGAGGGCGGGGAGGACUUCAGGCUCAGUGACGCCGUGGACAGCAGCAGCCUGUCCAUGCAGACCAUCCAAACGACCACCUGCAAGAUUGUGGCGAGCGAAGUGGUAUCACAGGUCAGCAACACCACAGUUGUCCGGCGUUAA